CGAACUCAAAUAUUCAAAUUUUAUUAAGAAAAUAUGAAAAAAAAGAGAGCGAAGAAGUGAAGGCAAGGGUGAACGGCAUAAUCAAAGAAGUUGGACGUUUUUCUCAUUUCCGUUGUGUUUUUUUUCUAUUCUUCAUGCAUUCCACCUUCAUCUCUCCCUUUGCCAUCUCCCGGCAUGCUUGCAGUUCAAUCAGUUGUUAUAAAUUGGCAAGCGACAAAAGAAUAGCGGAUAUUUUGCUUUAAUUUUUCAACAGAAAAGAAUUUUUUUUCCCUCAAAUUGCCAUCGCAUGAUGGUCGAACAGAAUAUGGUCGGCACAAAAGAAGAGCUUGGGAGAAAAAAACGGUACAGCUCAAUUGCUCCUAAACGUACGUGAAAGAAAGUCAAAUCAUUGUUUUUUUUUUCUGGUGAAAACGAGCAUUUAACGAGAGACGAACGAGCGAAAAAAAACAAUAAGCAUUCAACACCAUACUAUGCUAUGGUUUAAUCAACGAACAAUUUCAAAAGAACGAAACAGACAUACAGAAAGCGAGAAAAAAAAAUUAUUCCAUUUUCAUUGAGAGAGAUCAAAAGCGAAUGAAACAUAAGUGAAGAGAAAAAGAAGAAAUUGAAAAACACACACACACAGGCGAAACAAUGACGACCACGAAAUUGAAAUCAACACUGUGUUUAAAAUUUGUGCUUUUAAUUUUAUUAAGUUCAGAACUUGUGAAUUAUGUGCAAUUGGAAACGGAAAUACCGUUGCUGAGUGAUGAUCAAGAGGCUACAAUCGGUUGCCAGUUACCUGAUUUGAGAUUUGUUCGACCAAAAAAGUUUGGCUCAACAACGACCGAACAACCGUACGUAACGUUUGAAACAACGCAAAUAUUUCUACCGGAUGAAUUUACCACCGCUGAUUUGGAGGACUAUGAGCGUUCGGUUGAAACACUGUCGACGGAAACCGAUGCGCACACAUCAAACCUACGGCUAACACGAUACACUGAUUACAAUCCUUAUGCGUGGCAUGGUGGCGAUGGGGAUGAGCUGCAUGUUCCGCUGGGUAGCGCUGGCGGUGAAAGCAUUCAUCGGAACGUGAAUGGCAAGUGGGAACGCCGCAAAUUGCGAAAAAAUACAGGUCGACGCCGGUUGGACCAGCAUAAUCAGGGCCACAAGCAGACCAAACGGGAAAUUCGAGAAGAUAAACAUCAACAGCAGCAGCAGCAACGACAGCGGCAAUGGAACAUCGAUGACAACGAUGGCUCAAAUUAUGUGCUGUCGUCGUCAUCGUCUAGCAAAAACGGCCGAAAAACAAUGAAAGCAAAAAAUUCAUUUACUAAUCAAGCUGACAUUGACAGCAAUGGAAAUGUUGACACAGCCAUAGAGCACGACGAUGACAACAAUGAUGACAACAGCAACAGCGACAACGGUGACAAUGACUACGACGGCAUCGGCAACAGUAAAACAAUGAGAGUUACAUUCAAACUGAAAAAUGGUAAAAUAGUCCAUAAAAUUGCUUUGCAACGCACACAAACAGGAGAAAAUAGCCGUCGCAAUAAAGCUGGCAAACUGAAUCGAAAUGACAACGAUAGUACCGAAAGUGUCUAUAUGGAUGAUGACCAUGAUAAGAUGGUGAUGACAGGCCGAACAAAAUCAAAGGCAAACCAGACGUCAACGACAUCGACGACGUCGACAACAGCAACAAGAACAAGAACAAGAACAACAACGGCUAAUGCUUACAAUGCUUUGACCGAUAACGACAAUACUUUCCAUGCUGACACGAACGCACAAAAUGUCGAAGACAUUGACACAAUAGCUACAAUGAACCAUGAUAAUGAGUCGUUUAACGAUACCAAAAAUCAAUUGCAUCGCAUCAAACGAAAGUCGGGAAAGGCUGCAGGAGCCCUUGGUCGGCCCAAGACAAGCGAUAGUGGUUCAAAGAGUACAAGUCGUAAGAAAGAACAUGGAAAUGAGGAAGAAGUCGGUCCAGUGCCGUACGGUCCUGAUGAAGAUGAAGAACCGGAGGAGGGCUCCGAAGAAGACUCCGAGGAAAUAUCAUUUGAUGAGGUUACUGAAGUUCGUUUUCCUGGCGAAGUUGGUCCGAUGGGAGAUCGUCGUUUAUGCAAAAUACGAUGCGUAAAGGGAAAAUGGGUCGGUCCAUUGUGCGCCGCAACGACGACUAAUGAAGAGGAUGAUCAUGGCCAACUGAAAUUUCAGCCGUUGUACAAAAGUUGUAAUGUGAAUCGGAUCCCACCCCAUUUGUUGCUUAGCUACAAAAAUAUAUCAGUGAGCGUUGGAUGGGAUGUACCACAUGGUCACUCUUUGCAAGCACGUUGCAAAGAUUUGGGAUUAUAUAAAUUGCUAGGCGAAACUCGUGUCCUUUGCUCAAAUGGGUUAUGGGCACCUCGUAUGCCGUCCUGCGUUCCAACGACACUAUUAACGAACUUCUCGGAUGACAGUCCGCCGUCGAUUCGUAUCAAAAUUGGAAUUGGUUCCGGUGCAUUUGAGCCAUCAGGUGUAUUGGCCGUGUUACCGGGAAGCACCAUACAUUUGGAUUGCAUGUACGUACGACGUCGUGGUAAUCCUGAGUGGACAUGGACUGGUUGGCAUCGAACAUAUCAAACAGGUUGGUCUAGUGCACCGGAUGAGAAGGCGACCAAAUAUCGUUUAACCAUUAAGGAUAUUCAGCAACAGGAAUCUGGAACAUAUACUUGUACAUCACCACGCGGUCUAACCAACAGCAUUGUCAUUAUUGUCGCAAUGUCAACAUGUCAAGAACAACCAACUCCUAUGCCACCAUUAACUUUACAACUCGAAGGACUAAAAUUGGGUCAGCGAGCACUGUAUUCGUGUCCAGUUGGCUAUUCCAUUCAAGGCAUAUCAAAUGCAACUUGCUUGGCUUCCGGCAAUUGGUCUUCACCGGCACCCACGUGCAAUCCAAUCCAAUGCCCAUCACUUUUCCUUGAAGAUCCGCACUUAAGUUUAACGGAGCUAAAUACAUCAGCAUGGGGUAAAGCCGUGUUCAAAUGUUCAUGGGGCUAUCGCUUGAGCGGACCACCGAGUUUGGAGUGUGAGGCGAGCGGAUCAUGGAGCGGUCCAGUACCACGAUGCAGAGCAAUUCAAUGUGCUACACCGCUUGUACCAAUAAAUGGUCGGAUCGACGGAACGAGUGUAUCAGCCAGCCAUCGAAAGUAUGCGGUCGGUGCUUUGGUGACAUUUAGCUGUAACGAAGGGCAUUUGCUCGUCGGUGAAGCCAGUAUCGUUUGCACUGAGACCGGAUUUUGGUCACAUCCUCCACCAUUUUGCAAAAGUCAAUGUCCAUAUCCGGGGGAUCCACCAAAUGGUUUGAUAGCACCGCUCAAGUUCCACUAUGAUCCUGGCGAUUAUUUGAGCGUGCAAUGCCGACCUGGUUUUGUUGAAUACGGUACAAAUACGAAUGGACCACCUGAACGACCGAGAUGUUUACCGGAUGGCAAUUGGUCGGGACCGGUGCCCCAAUGCCGUAACUACGAAGAAGUUUGAACUAAAUGAAUCCCUCUGCAACAAAAAAAACUUUAUUGCAAUACAGUUUCCAUUUCCAAUUUCCUCUUACAUUUACAACUUUACACAAAAAAAAAUUCCCUCUUGUUUAUACUAAUUAACAGAAGAAAAAAAAACAUAUAUUUAAAAAAAAUAUUCUAAUUAUAUCAAUUGCAAAAAAAAAAUUACCAAAAAAAAAACAUAAUAUUUGUUGGUAAACAUUUAGCUGCAGCGGCAACAACAAAAAAUCAAAUACAAAAAAAUGUCCCCAUAGUUGGAUUUGUUUGAUUCUCCACACACAACAACAACACUUUAUUCCGUUUGCAUUCCAAUUUACUAACUGUAUAUAUAGAAGCAGAGCCGUAGCCACGGGGGUGCGAAAGGGCGCCGAGCGCCCUCUAACGAUUCACAAGCGCCUUUCCCUAUUUGAAGAACGCUUCAAAAUAUAUGUACGUUCAGAAAUAUUCCUCGAAUUGUAUCAAAGUUUUGACAUUAAGCGGGAAAAUAUUAUUUGACGAAAAAAACACAAUGGUAGCAAUCAAAUCUUUGAAAACUAAGUGAAGCCAAUAGUUUGAAAAAGGAAACGAUGGCAAUUUUAAAUGAAUUUUCUGUCCGUUUGAAUCGAUUGUAGUAUUGUCGCGCCAUUAGCAAUGUUAAUUUGUAUAUGAAUCGUUUGUUUCAAGUUCUGCCGUUUUAGUUGUCAUAACUGUUGUUUUUGCGAGCGCCCAUGAGCGCCCCGGACGUUCCGAACUGGCUACGGCCUUGUAUAGAAGAUGGAUUAUCAAAUCAAAGUAUUAAUUUUAAUACAGUUUAAGCAUAUCAAAUGAUGAACAAAAUCAAAUUCACCGUGUCUGCAGUGGAGAGUGAAAAUAAAAUAAAAGACAACAUAAAAGAGGAAUAAACAGCAGCAGCAGCAGCAGCAGUAACAAUAAUAAAAAAGAGGAGAAAAUUUAUCAAAAUGUUUGGCUGAAGUGCGUUUGCCCACUGCAUGCGAGAGAGAAAAUGUGUGCAAACGAAUUAGAAACACAGAACAAAAAUAUAGAUUUACAAAGAAUAGAGACCAUCUAUUAUGUAUUGUACAGAAGUGCAUGAGCAAUAUGUUUUUUUCCCUUGACAUUUAUCGAUUUGAUCAUGGCAAUUAUUAGUUUUAAAAAGUUCAAUGAAACCAAUUAACAAUCUUAUAUAAUAUUCACUGUUCAAUCAAACCAAGAAAGAGAAAAAUUGAGAAAUUUUGAUGAAGAGUAUUUUCGAAGGGUUGAGAGUCAUUUGUUGAGCAAUUUUCCAGAGCGAAACUAUUGUGUUUCGCACACUAGAACCCAGGCCAAAUGGCAAGAAUAAAAAAAAUGAAACACACAAUUCCAUUUUCGUUUUUGCGUUCAUUUAAUGGCAACAAGUAAUGUAACACGUGUAAUGAUUUUUAGUGGCAAUAAAAUACUGAAGUUUCAAGAACAAACCAAA